AUGGAUGUCGACACGCGCGAAAGCCGCGCAAAGAGCAGCAAGCAGGCCGCCUGCAUCGCCUGCCGCCGCACCAAGACGAAGUGCCUGCGAGACCCCGGCGCCGCCGUAUGCAAAAAGUGCCGCCAGAAGGGCUCCGAUUGCGUCAUUCCCUCGCACCAUGUCGGCCGCCAGAAGGGCACCAAGAACAAGCGCACCGGCCUGGCAAAGGCCAUCUUCCAGGUCGAGCAGGCUGUCGCCCAGCUGCAGUCUGGCCGCACCGACCCCCAGACCAACGACGCCGCCCUGCAUCUGGAGCAUUUGCUGGACCAGGUCCGCCACUUGCCCCAACCCGAUCGCAACGAUGCCCAUUCCACUGCCGAAGCCUACUCCCCCUCCAAUCCCUCCAGUUCCGACUCGCCCACGCCCGUCACUGCUGUUGCCGACUAUCCCUUGAACGAUGCCGAGAAUCCCCUUCAGCUGCUGGCCCACGCCUCCGACCUCUCCAGGCUGCGUCUGAACCCCGGGCCCUACCAGGACGUCGACCAAAGCAGCGAGUCCGUCCUGGCUUUCUUCAGCCCUCUGCGUCCCAAGCUGGAUGUCAGCUCCGAUGCGGACCCCAUUGAGCUGGGCCUCGUCACCCAGGCUGAAGCCGACGACCUCUUCCAGUACUUCUUCGAGCACCUCACCCACACACGAUGGGGCAUGGAUCGAUACGUGCACUCUCUGCCCUUCGUCCGUGCCCGCUCCUCGUUUCUGCUGACGUCCAUCCUGGCUGCCUCUGCCCUGUUCAUCCCGUCUGCCGAAGCCCUCUCGAAAAGGCUGUCCGCCCACUGCCGAAAGCUCGCUCACGCCGCCAUGGUGGGACGCUACAGGUCCGUCGAGGUUGUCCUGGCCUUUAUGGUCAACGUUCCUUGGCUGUCUUUUGGCGAACACUGGGCCGACGACGAGACCUGCUCGUAUCUUUCUGCUGCUCUGACCGUCGCCAUGGACCUUGCCUUGCACAAGAUCGUGACCCCCUCCCCCAACAAUGUGCCUGACGCCAGCUUGCAAGGCUACACCGGCUCUGACACCCUCGAUGCGAAAAAGGCUCUGUAUCUCGAUGGCUUCGACAAUGUCGAUCCCGCUUCGAUGCUCGGAAGGCGCUUGCUCCGGCGGAGAGAGCGGACCUGGCUCUCGCUCUUCGUGCUGGAUCGAGGGGUCUGUCUUGCAAGAGGACGUGUACCGGUCGUCCCGAAGACCUCGCUCGUGGAAAGGUGUGAUGCUUGGCACAUCUCCGACAUUGCCGACAUUUGGGACAGCUCCAUCAUCUCCGUGGCCGUGAUGCGGAGGGACUUGGACGUUCUCAUCAAGAACAUCCGCGAGUGCUGUGAUAUGUUCGUGCCCGAGGUCACGUCGUCUUCGGAAAGCGUGCAGCGCAUCAAAGCCAUGAUCGACGGCUUCUUUGAGCAGUGGCAUCGCAUCUGGGCAUAUGCUCAGCAACCGGGCUAUCGCCUUCCACCUUACGUCCAGAUUCUUGUCAGCCACACCAGGCUAUCCCUCUACAGCAGCGUCGUCAACCACCCCACCGCUCCGGCAGAGGUCAGAAGAUUCUUCCGAGCUGCCGGACUGUCGUCUGCACUGCACGUCAUGCGCGCCGCUCUGCACGGUGAGAAAGAGCUGGCGUCGAUGCCGAACAACACGGCCAUCAUGGUUGCCUUUGCCGCCUGCUUCACGCUCAGACUGCACAGCCUCGGUGCAGGAUUCAGUGCGAGUUUAGCCCCCAGCGUCCGCCAGCUUAUCGAAGAGACGGCGGGCGCGCUGGAGCGCAUCGGGACGACGCCCCGCCACCGAGAGGGCGUAUCUGCAAUCCUCGGGAGGUAUCUUAGGGCGAUGCUUGGGCGCAGCAUUUCCACCAUGCCCGCACAGAGGCAGAAACACCGCCCCUCGGUCUCUGAGGCCGCGCUGCCCGUCACUGCUGACGCUAUCCCCGGACCACAGUUUCCGCCGGUGGCUUCCUGGGCAGGAGAGGCCACGAUUACGCCGCAGCCGCUCCUGUUCUCGACGAUGUCGGACAUCGAGAUCGACCAGGCCAUCCAAAACGAUCAGAACGCGUUGCAACCCUUCGAUCUAAAUCUCCCUGUGGCGUAUGCGAGCAAUCUUGACUGGAUGGACUGGUUAGAUUGGGCCGGGUGA